GCUCCUUCCUGCUGCCCCCCAGCUUGCACCCCAGGAACUUGCCCACCUCAGUCACAGAGUGUUCCCAUUUCCUCUCCACAACCGUCCCCACCGAUUUGUGUGCCGCCUAUUUUGCCGAUUUGUACUCCCGUGCCUCCUCCAUGUGUGCCAAUAUGUAAUCCAAAUCCCGAAGAACAACCCUGUGUUCCGUGUAAUCCUCCCCAGAUGAUGGUGUGCUACAGAAGGCCUACGGGGAAGAACAACGGUGGACCUAGGUCUAAGUCUAGAGAACUGAGAGGCAGCGUUCUUUAUGUCGGAUGCGACUGUGUCAAAAGAAAUGGCUUGCAGGAUGACUGUCAACGAUCCGAAUGUCAUGGAUCUCCAGAAUGUCUCACCCAACCAGAUCCCACUUGCGGACCAAGUCAAGCUGUUAGAGACGAAAAUGGCAGAAAUGGAAAGUCGAGCGGACUGGAGCAGUAUCAAUGCUACCCCGCCUAUGUCAAAUUCCCUCAAUGUUCACCUUGUGGAGGCUCGGCUAGUCCUCCAUCUUGUUCCCCGUGUGGCCCUCCAUGCUGUCCGCCGUCAUGUCCCCCGUGCUGUCCGCCAUCUUGUGCCCCAUGCUGUCCGCCAUCUUGUCCCCCGUGCUGCCCACCAUCUUGUCCUCCGUGCUGUCCACCAUGUUGUAUGCCUUGUUGUCCUCCAUGUUGUCCCCCGCCUUCUGUUCCACUGAUCGCUCGGGCACCUUGUCCGCCGCCAAUUGUCCCCAGCCCUCCCCCACUGGUGCCUAUCGGACAGGUCAUUCCUGUAGCCCCCGCCGCACCCUGUCCUAUACCGUGUCCUCCUCCGUUGGCUUGUGCUCCCCCGACAAGUGGUAUUCAGUGUUGUCCUCCAUGUUGUCCUUUGCCGUGUUGCCCUCCAGCGUGUUGUCCUUGUUAAGUAGCAUGGCUUCAUUUAUGAAAAAGUGUCGUUUAUGUCGUUGGGUAAUAAAUACUUGUUUGAAAUAUUGAA